GCCUUGGCCUUGGAAGCCGUGCAGUCGGCGUCAGGACGCUGUCCCUGCUGCGGCCAGCAGCUGAUGCGGCGCCCAAGGAUCGCGUCGCUGGCAGAUCGAUAUCUGAGAGGUGAACAUGAAAAUCAGCUGCUUGAGCGAUUCUUCAGCGAAGAAAUCACCGCCAAAACGGAGAAUGGAAGUUCUGCCACAUGGGAUACGCUGAUGCGACCAGAGUUCCACACCUUUCACAAGUCCAGGACUUUCCACAAGGAGCUUUCUGAGUCCUUAGCCGUCUUGGAGGAGAUUCAGAUUUCGUGUCCGCAGAUUCUUGAGGAUGCUGAGCAUUGGCAUUUCUUGGAUCUAUGUUGCGGCAAGUCGCUCACUUCGCUGGUCCUUUCCACCCGAUGUCCCGACUUAACCGUGUCGGCCCUGGAUCGUGUGGGGCCAGAAGGAAUCCCACAUUACAAAGAAGCUGGCCUGUCCGUCAAGAUUCCGCCUCGUUGCCCCGCCUCGCCAGCCAUUUGCGGAGACGCACCACGGCGAUGGUCGGAUUGCACCUCUGUGGAAAUCUCAGCGUGCGCGCGGUGGAACUCUUUGAAGAGUUGGAAUCGAUUCGCAUUUGUAUCCUGGUACCAUGCUGUUUGCCGCAUUUGA